GGGGAAAGAGGAGGGUGUAUACGAGUUGAUUUAAGGUCACCUUCAUCGGCAGAAGUGGCCGGAACGACGACCAGGUGACUUCUGUCAGUACUCUUAAACAAUUGAGUAUAUGUCAAAUUCUCAAAAUAAAAAAAUGGCAGACGAACAAUCUUCAACAAAAUUUAUAAAGCCCGGAAGUCAUAAAGGCAAAGGGCUUGCUGUGUUCACAAGUGGAGGUGAUUCACAGGGUAUGAAUGCUGCUGUACGUGCUGUAGUACGUAUGGGUAUUUAUUUAGGCUGCAAAGUAUUUUUCAUAAAAGAAGGAUACCAGGGUAUGGUAGAUGGAGGAGAUAAUAUUGUUGAAGCGACUUGGUCAUCUGUGUCUUGCAUCAUUCAUCGAGGUGGUACUGUAAUAGGUUCAGCAAGAUGUAUGGAUUUCAGAGAACGUGCUGGACGUUUGAAAGCCGCUAAAAAUUUAGUUACACGUGGUAUUUCAAAUUUAGUAGUAAUUGGUGGUGAUGGUUCAUUAACUGGCGCAAAUUUAUUUAAAACUGAAUACCGUGAUCUUUUGAAAGAAUUAGAAGGAACAGGUCAAAUAAGUGCUGAACAAGUUGAAAAGUAUUCGCACCUUCAUAUUGUGGGUCUGGUUGGCUCUAUUGACAAUGAUUUCUGUGGCACAGAUAUGACAAUUGGUACUGACUCAGCGUUACAUCGUAUCAUAGAGAGCAUUGAUGCGAUCGUCAGUACUGCGUAUUCGCAUCAGCGAACAUUUAUUAUGGAGGUCAUGGGUCGUCAUUGUGGCUACCUGGCUCUAGUGGCAGCUAUGUGUUCAGAAGCAGACUUUGUGUUCAUCCCAGAGUGGCCACCAGAAGGUGACUGGCCAAACAAGCUCUGCAAAAAAUUGUUGCAGGAACGUCUUUCGGGCCAACGUUUAAAUAUUAUAAUCGUAGCAGAAGGAGCAGUUGAUAGAAACGGAGAUCCUAUUACUGCUGAAAAAGUUCGUGAAGUUGUUGUUAAUAAAUUACAACAAGAUACCAGAAUAACUGUACUCGGUCAUGUACAGCGUGGAGGAAAUCCUUCAGCUUUUGACAGAGUUUUGGGUUGUAGAAUGGGCGCAGAAGCUGUUAUGGCUUUGAUGGAAGCAACACCUGAUACAGAAGCUUGUGUUGUUACUCUUGAUGGCAACCAAGCUGUACGUUUACCGUUGAUGGAUUGUGUUAAUCUUACCAAAGCUGUAUCACAAGCAAUGGCUGAUAAAAAUUGGGAUCUUGCUGUUAAAUUACGUGGAAAAGGUUUCGCGCGUAAUUUGGACACUUAUAAAAUGCUUACAAGAUUGAAAGCUCCAAUUGGCGUUCAAGAUACUAAGAACAGCAUCGAUCACGUCUUAACAAAGCAAUUGACACUCUGUGGUCAAGAUCAGUAUACACUUGCAGUGAUGCACGUUGGUUCUCCAUCGUGUGGAAUGAACGCAGCAGUAAGAUCAUUUGUAAGAAAUUGUAUUUACCGUGGAGAUAAAGUCUAUGGUGUUUGUGACGGUGUAAUGGGAUUGGAAGCUGGUAAAGUUAAACUACUGGAUUGGUCAUCUGUGACAGGAUGGGUUGCUCAGGGUGGUGCGUAUCUCGGUACAAAACGUGCGCCACCUAAAGAAGAUCAAUUGCCACAAAUAGCUGCUCGAAUAAAGGAACUUGGUAUUCAAGCUUUGCUUGUUAUUGGAGGGUUUGAGGGUUAUCAGACCUGUCUUUCAUUCUUGAACGCACGUAAUCGAUUUAGUGAAUUUAAGAUUCCGAUUGCUAUGAUACCUGCAACUAUCAGUAACAAUGUUCCUGGAACAGAAUUUUCUCUUGGUUGUGACACGGCAUUAAAUGAAAUAACAGAGAUUUGCGAUCGUAUUCGUCAAUCAGCACAAGGAACAAAACGCCGUGUAUUUAUUAUUGAAACAAUGGGCGGUUUUUGUGGUUAUUUAGCAACACUGGCUGGUCUCGCAGGUGGUGCAGAUGCAGCUUAUAUUUUUGAAGAAAAAUUUAAUAUUAAAGAUUUAAAUCAGGAUGUUAUUGCUAUGGCUGCUAAAAUGUCUGAAGGUGUUCAGAGAGGUCUUAUUCUAAGAAACGAAAGUUCAAAUCUUAAUUAUAAUACUGAUUUUAUGCAGAGAUUAUUCAGUGAAGAAGGAAAAGGAUUAUUCAGUUGUCGGUCAAAUAUUAUUGGUCAUAUGCAACAAGGUGGCUCGCCAACACCGUUUGAUCGUAAUUUAGGUACUAAAAUGGGAGCCAAAGCUGUUGAAUGGUUUACUGAACAGCUUAAAAAACACACACAACCUGAUGGUACAGUAAAUGCUUCUACACAUGAAACUGCCGUUAUGCUCGGUAUUAUUAAACGACAGUAUAAAUACACUCCAUUGUCAGAACUUGAGAAUCAAACUGACUUUGAACAUCGUAUCCCUAAACAACAAUGGUGGAUGAAGCUCCGUCCAUUAUUAAAAGUACUUGCAAAACAUGAGUCAACUUAUGAAGAAGAAGGAUUAUAUAUUACUGUAGAAGAAAUGGAUCUUGGGGAACCAAUGAUGUAUCAAUCAUUGUUGAGCGAUGAUUUUAAACUUUAACUUCAUCUCUAGUAUUAUGUCACUACAUUAUUUAUUUUCAUUAAAAAAAAAAUAAUAACAAUAAAGAGAAACAAUAACAAUAAGUAUAUAAAGCAAAAUAUCAACGAAACCAACAAUAAGAAACGGCUGGAUUUUUAUUAAUGUAAUUAAUGUCAAAUGUUAUACUGAUGGUGUCAAAUAAAAAUAUAUAUACAUAAUUUA